UUAGGCCCCGCACGCGCCGCUCCCCAGCGCGCUCCGGCUCCGGCUCCGGCCCCGCCUCAGCCUCAGCCCAGGGCCGCGGCCAUCUCGGAGCCCGGUGGCUGCCGGGAGCGAUGACGCUGUUACCAUGGUGGCGGCGGGCGGGACCGGGAAGGAGCGGAAGAAGCAACUUCCGGUGGGGGGGGGUCAGGCCGGAAGUGGCGGGAGGAGGAGCGGCCAGCGGGGCUCGGGGCGCCCGGCGGGGCGAUGGUGGUGCCGGGGCUGGAGCUGCCCGCGCAGGCCGUGGCCGGGAUGGUGGCCGACGUGGUGUUCGUCAUCGAGGGCACGGCCAACUUGGGGCCCUACUUCGAGUCGCUGCGCAAGCAUUACCUGCUGCCCGCCAUCGAGUACUUCAAUGGCGGCCCCCCAGCUGAGACAGACUUCGGAGGAGAUUAUGGGGGCACCCAGUACAGCCUGGUGGUGUUCAACACGGUGGACUGUGCCCCGGAGUCCUAUGUGCAGUGCCACGCCCCCACCAGCAGCGCCUACGAGUUCGUCACCUGGCUGGACAGCAUCCAGUUCGUGGGGGGCGGCGGCGAGAGCUGCAGCCUCAUCGCCGAGGGGCUCAGCACAGCCCUGCAGCUUUUCGAUGACUUCAAGAAGAUGAGGGAGCAGAUAGGCCAGACCCACAAGGUGUGCAUCCUGAUUUGCAACUCACCCCCCUACCUGCUGCCGGCCGUGGAGAGCACCACCUACUCCGGCUACACCACCGAGAACCUGGUGCAGAAGAUUGGAGAGCGCGGGAUCCACUUCUCCAUCGUGUCCCCCCGCAAGCUGCCGGCGCUGCGUGUGCUCUUCGACAAGGCCACGCCCGGCGGGAUGCUGGAGGCCCAGCCCAAAGACUUUAGCCAGGAUCCCCGGCACAUGAUCCUCAUCCGCGGCAUGGUGCUGCCGGUAGGUGGCAGUGCAGCCUCUGGCACCAUCCAGCCCAAACAGGUGGUGCCCCAGCCACAGCUCCCCACUGCGCCCCCGCAGCACCCGCCAGCCCCGCAGCAGCCCCUGCCACCCGCCUCCCAGCCCUACCAGGCCCCCCCGCCUGGCUCCCUCAACGCCGCCCAAGCUGCAGCGCAGUCUGCCGUGGAGGCUGCCAAGCACCAGAAAGCCAGCCUGGCCGCGCGCUUCCCCCCCCUGAACCCCUUGCAGACGCCCUUCAGCCAGGCGCCCACGCAGCCGCUCCCCACCGGCUCUGUCCCGGCCUUGGCCCCCAAGCUGCCGCCCUCCUCCCAACCCAGCUUGGUCUCCACCGUCACCACCGGCUCCAGCCUGCUGACCCAGCCACCCAGCCAGCCCCCCCCACAGCCCGGGGCCCCAGCCAUGCCUAGCAGUGUAGCCCCCAGCAGUGUGAGCGUGGCCCCACCAGCGGCCCCCCAGCUGGGGGCGGCCCAGCUGCCCGGGGCCCAGCAGUCGGUCACCAACAAGGUGCUGGCCUGGAAUGGCGUGCUGGAGUGGCAGGAGAAGCCCAAACCGGCCUCAGUGGACUCCAGCACCAAACUGACCCGCUCACUGCCCUGCCAGGUGUAUGUCAACCCCGGGGAGAACCUGAAAACGGACCAGUGGCCCCAGAAGCUGAUCAUGCAGCUCAUCCCGCAGCAGUUGCUGACCACGCUGGGCCCCCUGUUCCGCAAUUCCCGCAUGGUGCAAUUCCACUUCACCAAUAAGGACCUGGAGUCGCUCAAGGGGCUUUACCGCAUCAUGGGCAACGGCUUCGCGGGCUGCGUGCACUUCCCCCACACGGCGCCCUGCGAGGUCCGGGUGCUGAUGCUGCUCUACUCGUCCAAGAAGAAAAUUUUCAUGGGGCUGAUUCCCUACGACCAGAGCGGCUUCGUCAACGGCAUCCGGCAGGUCAUCACCAACCACAAGCAGGUGCAGCAGCAGAAGAUCGAGCAGCAGCGGAGCCAGCUGGGGGGCUCCGCGCCAGUGCCCAACGCCCAGCCCUUCCUGGCCAAGCAGCCGGGGGCCCUGCCUGGGGCCCAGGGGGGGCAGCAGCAGAUGGCCGGCCAGCAGGUGAGUCCCGCCAUGGCCCCAGUUCCCAUCAUGGACGACCCGCAACGGCAACAAAGUCUGUUGCAGCUCCGGGUGCAGCAGCAGGCAGCAGCCACGCAGCAGCAGCAGGCGACCCCAGCUGCCCCCCCGCCCCCCCCAGCCCCUGGCCCCCCCCAGGCUGGGCCGCAGCCCACGCAGGGGGGGCCCCUCCUGCGACCCCAGAACCCAGGCGCCAACCCCCAGCUCCGCAGCCUUCUGCUCAGCCAGCAGCCGCCCCAGCCUGGAGUCCCGCAGGCCCAGCAGCCUUUGCACCACCUGCAGCAGGCAUCCCAGGGGCUGCUGCCCCAUCAGGCCAUGGGGCAAGCUAUGGGGCAGCAGCCGCUGCAGCUCCCUGGCCAGCCACUUAUGCACCAGGCACCUGGGCAGCAAUGGCCGGGCCAGAUGGCCCCCCGGCCCCCACUGCCAGGUCAGAUGCUGAUGCCCCCGGGGCCCCGGGGGCCAGGCCCCCAGCCUGGCCUGCAGCAGGUGCAGCCACCCAGUGUCAUGGAAGACGACAUCCUCAUGGACCUGAUCUGAGAGCAGCGCCCCCUGUGGAGGGGGGGGACUCUGCAGCUGUCAAUAAACCACCUUGCCC